CAUCAAACAACACAGCUCAGCCCAUCAUAUCUGUGAUUUAAGGUCACAGAAUAUAUUCUAAACUCAAAUGAAGGAUAUACAAACAUGUGGCACAACCUAGGAAACCUCAGUCUUGGCAACCUAAAUGAAAUAACAGAACAGCUUGCAGUCUUUCUGGGCACUAUGUCACCAUUCAUGAAUGAGUCCGCCCAGACGGUCACAGAAUCUGUAGGUGUUCUGGUCCAGAUCCUUUCCGGGAGUGCUGACCAGCUGACCUUUGACAAGUUGGAGGACAUGUUGGCUGCUCUGUUUUCAACCUUCGAAGCUACUCCUAUGUGGGAUUCAUUGCCGACUGUCGUGUCCACAAUUCAACAAGCCAUUGUCAUCAGUACUCACAACAUGCAGGCACAAACAGAUCUCCUCUAUGUCCUCCAGCAGCCAUUGUCCAACCUUUUGUCUGGCAUUUUUCAUGUUAUGAACACAAGCAGUUUCACUUCUCAUUCCUUUGUUGGUGGAUUGCCACAGGCCCUUGUGUCAACUGCAGAAGCUGCUCUGCAGGCUGGUUUGGGGGGUCAGAGCCUGAACUGCAGCUACUUGCAGCAAAUAUGGCAGGAUGUCAGAGCUGGUUCUGGAAGUGAAGACACUGUUGCUUUGUGGUGUAACAUCAGCCUGCUGCCAGUCAUAGCAGCCUUUGAUAAACCAGCUCCAGCCUUUAAUAUGACGGGAAUGGCAAUGAACCCUCUAUGGAAAAAUGCCACUGCAGGAAUGAUGGCAGAGUCACUGGAGACAUUCUAUGGGGCAAUCCUGAACAGUACCUUUGCUAGCAAUCACCUUACAGAAGUCCUGUUGCAUUAUACAUCAAUGCUAUCCAACCUCUCAGUGCUAGAAUUAACAAACCAGGCUGACUGGAAUGUCCAGCUCUUCCAGAUGCAGCUCUACCAAAGCCUCUCCUCAGUACAAAUGGCUCUGGAUCAAAUUACGAGAGAAGCUCCCUGGAUGACGCCAUACAUUGAGGCAGCUGGAAAAACUAUAGAGGUCAUCCUCCAGAAUGGCAUUCUCCUCCAGAACUCAACUGCAAGCCCUCAGAUCAUCAUGCAGGCUCUGGAGAUCACGCUCACUGGAAUGAAUUUUACAAAGGAAACCAUUAAUUAUAUUCUGAGUGGAGACAUAUUUAUGAACCCAAAUAGAAGCACAGUUGACAGCUUAAUAAAAGAGGUUAUCCAGCAAAUCAUUGGUACAGGAUUACUGAGAGACUGGCCUACCCUUUAUGGAAUAAUGCAGCAAGUUCUGUAUUUGGAAGAUACAAGUGGCACCCUAUGGAAAACUGUUGAAUUUUUCAACUGGCUGUACACUACUCAAGACACUGGGCUAAAUUUUGUUUUGGAGAUCCUGCGCAAGUUAUACGAGAUAGUAAGAGAUGCCCUAACCAAGAUGCCACUACCGUGCUUCUCAGAAACCUUUAUAGACCUUUUUGGGAAUGUUUUGUACAUGCUGAAACAGAUCAAACUAACCAGUGACCUCUUCGACCCUGUGGAACAAUAUCUAAGCCCACUUAAAAUGCAAAUUGCUCAGGGACAGGACCUGCAAGGUCUUGUGUCCUACACAAGAAAUGCCAGAAGAAUUGCUAGCGAAGUACAGAGAGAGCCAGUGGAUGACUUCCUUGAUCUUCUUGACAUUGACUACCAAGCCUUGCUUGAAGUUCUUUCCAUUCCACCUACCUCGACUGAAAUUAUGGAGACUAUCCAUGUUUUCUUUGCAAAUCCAGAUUUGGGUGUCAUCCUGAAGGGUUAUCUGAAAGAAAUGACUGGAGGCACAAGUCAGGAGGAAACCAUUGACACAGCUCUGAAUGUGCUGUCGUUCUUGACACUCCCUAGCAAUGGGCAGCAGUUUUUGGAGAUGUUCAUGGACAUUGGUAGUGAAGGGUGGAGAGUGGAGGACCUUGAUAAAGUAGAGAAACUUGCAGAGAGCCUAGGAAGAACAAUAGACAUGGCCAUGGUGCUAUCCGACCAGCCACCUCUGAACAUUCUUCAAAGAAUUGAGCACAUGGCCCAACAACUUCAAGCUUCGGUGUCAAAUAUCAUCUCACAGGAUGGAAAUAACACCAACACUGCGAUCCAAUUCCUCACGGCGCUCAACAGCAUCCUUACCGAGAAUUUUGAAGAAAGCGAGGACAUCAGCCCUCAGGUCACUGGCAUUCUCCAAAACAUAAUUGGAUCAUUUUCCAGUCCAGGGUCGCAGAUGAGCAUAGCAUCCUAUUUGGCAGCUGUUGAUCAAACUGCAGAAGCCUUCACCUCACUUUUCUCUGGAGAGGUAGCUGUGUAUUUCAACAUAUCUGGACAAAUGAUGCAAGCCUUUGCAUUGCUCGAGGCAUAUCCCGGAGACAUAGAAAAGGUCAUGAUGUCCACCAGCAAGAUUUCUAACUCCCUAAACCAUGUUCUUGCCCUCUCAAAUAUUACAUCUCUUCCAAAUGGACAAUAUGUUCAAGAGGUCACCCAUCCCCUCCUCCUUAGCAGUGCUAUGGCCACCCACAUCAUAUUCAACCUCUCCAUGUCAAACUAUAGCCUGAGCAGCAAUGCUGAGAGGGAGAUGCUUUUGACCCAGACGUUCAAUCAGAUGGUUGUUGUUCUCCCCAAGGAAACGCACAUGUACCUCUUUGCUAUCAAAUCGGCUCUAUUCACAGCCCUCUCGAAAGUAUCCAGCACUGCAGAAAUCACAUCCCACUUCCCAGAAAUCUCCCAGCUGGUUACACAGUCUCUUCUUAACUCGCUAAACAUUACUCAUGAUCCGACAUCCACGCAUAUGACUCCAGAUGGCCUUGUUUACAUCUUGAUGACCGUGUCUAAUCAAGUGUCCAUGAGUCUCUACCAAGGCCUUAUGUUAUCCGGUUCCCCUAUCCAAAUCUCACAAGCAGUGAACUCUUUAAGUGAGGUUGCAUCUUCCAUAUACUCGAUAAUGCCUGUUGAGGGACGGCCAUACAUCAAUAUCACACUCAACUUAAUGGAGACAAUAUAUUUUGUUCUAAAUGACACCAGCACCUUUGGGGAUGCCAGUGGGGCUGUAUCUAAGGUUGCAAGUUCUGUCAACAACCUUCUGGCCAUGGUGCACCACAUGAACACAAACUCCUCCAACAGCAUUAUAGGUGACCUAGAGCAGACCCUUAAGACAAUCCUAAUGAUCAUCCGAGCAGACCAAAACCCUCUCACCCAAGCAGCUGAUAUUAGCCAGCAGCUACUGCACACCAUCCAAAAUCUCAUCUCGCUGGGCAAUAGCAGCAGUGUGGAGUCUGAACUCCCCAAAAUAGUGCUGGGGGCCUCUAGCAUGAAUAUCAGCCAUCUGCUGGAGAUGAAUGACACUAACUGGACCGACAAGCUGCCUGUGCUGUUGACAAACCUCGCUAAUAGCCUUCCAGAAGACCUGCAGUAUUCUUCUCUUAUUAAGACCAUCAUGAGAAGUCUGGCCAACGAAUCCCAAGAAAAUCUGCAUCUUCUACUGCAAGUGCUAAACACCGCCUUUGAAUUAGUCUCAGCCAACUGGGCGAAUGAGAGUUCGGGCAUAAUACUGGACCACUUGUUAACUAAGGUGUGCGCUCUGGAAAACAUGGCCUCUGUGCAGUUGAUCACCAGUUUUCUUCCUCUGGGCCCCAGACUGCUAUGCGACACUGUUGUUCCCACAAUCCAGGCUUUCCAUGUGCUCACAAACAACCUGGUGAACCAAAGCACCGACAUCUAUGAUCUGAUUUUCCAGACUUUUGUUGGAGACCCUAGCACCUACAACACUGAAGUGGACUGGACAUCAACUCUCUCUGAAAUUGUGGGCUUCGACGUCUCAACUCUGAAAACUCUUAAUAUCAAUAUUACAUCUCCGGCUGAAGUGAAAGUUUCUGAGCUGCUGAAAAAUGCCACACUGUUCAUUCAGGAUGUUGAGCGGUAUACCAGCUUUCCCCCUCGCAUUCUUCAUGCUCUAUUAGAUUACUCUCUACCCAGAAACAACAUGCAGAUCUUGGCAUGGUUGGCAAACCUGCACCAGUGCUCAGACCCCUCGUCUUUGCAACUGGACCCUACAGGGCAGGAGAUCUUCAGCACCUUCUGUGAACUGUCACAUGAAUGGUACAGCAUCACGGUUAUCUUUCUUCGUCAUGUGGACAUGAAGGCGGCUUUAUUCAGGCUGGUGUUGUCCAAAGAAAUUCAGGAUUUGGUGGGAAUCAUGCUAGAGAUGGUGAAGUUUUUGACGGACAUAAUGCACAAACUGGUACCUGCCAUUAACAAACUGCAGGAAUACCUGACAAACAUAGGAGAACUAAACCUGGUGGCCAACCAAGAGUUCCACGGUCUGGUGAGGGGAAAGCGGUCUACCAUGUCUAGCAGGGCCACCUUUAGUACCAUCGCUCGUGCCUUGUGCAAAAACGGCAUCCUGACACUGUUCGCCAUUGCAAAAGUUCCUAUCGUAACCGAGACUGAUCCUUCUGUCCAGACGGACCACAAGAGAGAAGAGCUGAUUAAAAAGUUCAAAAUCCCACACGAUGCUAGUCCCUUCUGUAUGAACCUCUACUUGGAUAUGGUGAACACUACAGGCGGUGCGGUUGCCUGGGCAUUCCUCAAACCCAUGCUGUUAGGACAGGUCCUGUACUCACCAGACACACCAGUGACGAGAGAGAUCAUGAGAAAGUCAAAUUCUACACUGCACCAGUUUGGUGAUCUAAAGCUUUAUGCAUCAGAGUGGAUAGAAUCAUCGUCAUAUGUGCUGCAGUCUGCCGACAUCCUGACAAAAACCUUGCCGAUACUUCAGAAUUCUCUGCGCAAUCCCUUUGUCCAAAACUUCAUUCAGACUCAGACCGGCAUUGAUGUUGCACAAAUGAGCUCAACUCUCAGCCAAUUCUCAAACAUGACAGUCCUUUUAGAGAAAAACAAGUUUAUCAUGGAGCAGAUCACCACCCUCUCCAUGCUGAUGAUGAACCUUUCCUCCUGUGUCAACUUUGACCGCUACAGAGCCUUCAACUCCACUGAUGAACUCGACGAGCAGGCAGAGAGACUGGCUCAAAACCGCGAGCUCUACGCCAGCAUUAUUUUCAAACUUCCUGAGGAGACCUCCAGCAGCCUGCCCCUGAACAUCGACUACACCAUUCGAAUGAACAUCGAGAAUGUAAUGCGCACCGACCGUGCAAGGAAUCCCUUCUGGGUGAAAGAUGCCUUCAUGUCGUCAACGAAGACCCAGAGGUACAACCGAGGCUUCGUGUAUCUGCAGGAGAGCAUUGACAGAGCCAUCAUCGAAAUGCAGACGGGUAAAGCCAUGGAUGGGCCCGCGGUCCAGAUGCAGGCGUUCCCUUAUCCCUGCUACUACAAGGACGAGUAUCUCAACAGCCUCGCUUUUGCCUUCCCAAUGGCACUCAUGACUUGCUGGGUGCUGUUUGUUGCCCACUUUGUGAAGAAACUCGUCCACGAGAGAGAACUGCGACUUCAUGAGUACAUGAAAAUGAUGGGGGUCAAUCCCAUCAGCCACUUCUUUGCCUGGUUAAUUGAAAGUGCUGUGUUCUUGCUGGUGACCGUCAUCAUCCUCACCAUCAUUUUGAAAGCUGGCGGCAUCCUUCCUCACAGCGAUGGCUUCGUUCUCUUCCUCUACCUUAGCGACUAUGGCUUCAGUGUCCUUGCAAUCAGCUUCCUGGUCAGCUCCUUCUUCGAUAAGACCAACAUCGCUGGGCUGAGCGGCAGCCUUAUCUAUGUCAUCUGUUUCUUCCCCUUCAUCGUGCUGAUCCACUUGGAGGACAAUCUUUCCUUCAGUGUGAAGAGCGCUCUGAGUCUCUUUUCUCCGACAUGCUUCAGUUAUGCCAGCCAGUAUAUUUCCCGCUAUGAAAAACAGGAAGAAGGUAUCCAGUGGAGCAACAUGUAUAUCUCUCCUCUGGCUGGUGACACUUCCUCCUUCGGUUGGCUCUGCUGGCUGCUCCUCAUUGACUCAGUAGUAUAUUUUAUCAUUGGGAUUUACAUCCGCAUGGUCUUCCCAGGAAAGUAUGGCAUUGGUCUUCCGUGGUACUUUCCAGUGACUCGGUCCUUCUGGACAGAUAUGUUCAGCUGCUGUAGCAGAACACCAAAGAAAAUAGGCAGAGGGUUGCUCUUUACCAACAUGAUGCAGGAGCAAAACAUCACUGACAAGAGCAAAGGUAAAAGUAGCUUGGCGGAGAAUGGAGAAGACGACUUCUCAGGAUUGCCUGUUGGAGUCUCACUGUAUGGCCUGACAAAGACCUACGACAACCGGCAUGCUGUAGACAACCUGAACCUUUCUUUCUAUGAGGGACAUGUCACCUCUCUGCUGGGUCACAAUGGAGCUGGAAAAACCACCACUAUGUCACUUCUGACAGGGUUGUUUGCACCAACCAGUGGCACCAUUGAGGUGUAUGGGAUGGAUAUGCAGACAUCCAUAGAUGAUGUGCGUAAGGAGAUGGGUGUGUGCAUGCAGUAUGAUGUCCUGUUCGAUCACCUUACCACAAAGGAACACCUGCUGCUCUAUGCUCAGAUCAAAGCUCCCCACUUGACCAAACAGGAAGUGAACGAACAAGUACGAAGAAUCCUAAUGGAAACAGACAUGCAUUCUCACCGCCACAAGCGUGUCGGCACCCUGUCAGGAGGUAUGAAGAGGAAGCUAUCCAUCUCCAUUGCCUUCAUUGGAGGCUCGCGGCUGGUGGUGCUAGAUGAGCCGACCACCGGGGUGGAUCCCUGUUCCAGACGCAGCAUCUGGGACAUUGUCCUUCAGCACAAGAAAGAGCGUACCAUCAUUCUUUCCACCCAUCACCUGGAUGAGGCUGAAGUUCUCAGUGACCGUAUUGCCUUCCUGGAGCGCGGAGGCCUCAAGUGCUGUGGUUCGCCCUUCUACCUCAAAGACAAGCUGGCUCAGGGCUACAACCUCACCCUCACAAAGAAGGUUCAGACUCCUGAUUCAAACCAAAAGUUGAACAUUGAAGAACUCAGGGAUUUCAUUCAAUCCUACCUGCCUGAUGCUCAGCAGAAGGAGGGAGAGGUGGGUGAUUUGGUCUACGCCCUCCCACCGUACACCCCCCAGAAUGCAGCUGCGUACCAUUCUCUGCUCACCGGUCUGGACCAGAACCUGGACGAGCUUCAGCUGGGCUGCUAUGGCAUUUCUGACACCACCCUGGAAGAGGUGUUCUUGCAGUUGACUCGAGACAACAUGGAGCCUACAGAAAGUGAAACCUGGUCUGUAUCGGAGUCUGUGACUGCGAAUGACAUAUUUGCAUCAAGAGACAGCAUUCCUGACGAUCUCAACAGCACGUACUUCGGAGAGAAAGCCAGCCUCACUGGGACCUCAACCGUGCGUGGGCUUGCUUUGACUGCACAGCAGGUGAGGGCUAUGUUGCUGAAACGCGUGCAUCAUUCCAGGAGGGACUGGAAGGGGCUGUUCUCCCAGGUGGUGUUGCCUGUACUCUUUGUAAUUGCUGCCAUGGGCCUGGGCUCCAUCAAGAGCGAUCUUCAGCACUUUCCUAAGAUUGUGCUCUCUCCUGCACUGUACCACAUUGAUGAACAGUAUACCUUCUUCAGUAAUCAGAAUCCUGCUGCUGAUGGUCUUGUAGAUUCCAUGAUGUCCUAUCCAGGUGUUGACCAUGUCUGCAUGAGAGACCCCACAGAUUCGGUUUGCAAAGAGAGACAUACUAUAGGAAGUGAGACCUGGAUCUCCAGAGGCAACAGCUCUUCUACAUUUACCACCUGCAAGUGUAGCAACCAAGUGCAGUCAUGUCCUGCAUCAGAUUACGAACCACCUCACAAAAGAAAUCCAUCAUCCCAGAUUGUCUACAACCUGACAGGCAUCAACAUAGAGGACUACCUGCUGGCCACUGCCAAUGACUUCAUCAGAAACAGAUAUGGAGGCUGGGACUUUGGAAAGUCUCUUCCCAUUGAUCUUAAGAUGGACAUGUUAGAUGUGCCAGCGAACAGAACACUUAGUAAGGUUUGGUAUAAUCCAGAAGGUCACCACACCAUGCCUGCCUACCUCAACAGCCUUAACAACUUUAUCCUGAGAUCCAGUCUGCCACCAGAGAAACGACAACAAUAUACCAUCUCCAUAUCCAGCCACCCUUACCCUGGCCAAGUGCAAGAUGAGGAUGUCAUGGUGGGUGGUUUGGUCAGCAUCCUGGUUGCGAUCUGUGUCCUCACUGGAUACUCUAUCAUGACUGCCAGCUUUGUCAUCUAUGAGGUUCACGAACAUCACACAGGCUCCAAGAGACUCCAGCAGAUCUCUGGCAUCAGCGAACCUUUCUACUGGAUCAUCAACUUCUUCUAUGAUAUGACUCUUUACUUGAUUCCCGUGGUCCUCUCGGUGGCGAUGAUAGCAGCGUUCCAGCUCCCAGCGUUCACAGAAAAGCAGAACCUCGGCGCGGUCACACUUCUGCUGGUGCUAUUUGGCUUCUCCACCUUCCCUUGGAUGUACCUUCUGUCUGCGGUAUUUAAGGAUACAGAGAUGGCCUUCAUCGGUUAUGUUUGCAUCAAUCUCUUCAUCAGUGUCAACACCAUCAUCUCCACAUCCAUUCUUUACUUCCUGGGUCAGCUCAACCAGAAUGACCCGAGCAUCCAGAAUGUGUACCAUACCAUGAGCAACAUAUUCCUAGUCUUCCCUCAGUUCAGCUUUGGCAAUGGGUUGAUGGAGUUGGCACGGGUUGACAUGCAGGUGCAGAUCUUGAGCGCUUUUGGAGUGGACGCCUACAAGAACCCCUUCAGCUUGGAUGUUCUGGGCUGGAUGUACAUCUCCAUGUUCCUGCAGGGUUUCAUCUGCUUCACGCUUCGCCUGCUACUUAACAAGACACUCCUGCGCAAAGUCAGAUGCUGGAAGAAGAACGUUGUUCAGAGCUAUAGCCCCAAUGAAGAUGAAGAUGUGGUGGCUGAACGUUUGCGUGUGGACCGGGGGGAUGCUAGUGCUGAUAUUCUGCAGGUUAAACAUCUGACUAAGGUGUACCAAAACCUGAACAAGAGGGUACAGGCGGUGAAGAGGCUGUCUGUGGGCAUCCCAGCUGGCGAGUGCUUUGGAUUGCUGGGAGUAAAUGGUGCAGGAAAGACGACUACCUUCAAGAUGCUGACAGGAGACAUUAGCCCCACCGAUGGAUCGGCCAGGAUCCGUGACAUUGACGGGAGAAUGGUUGACAUCAUAGACAGCAUGAGAGAGGGCAUAAACAUUGGUUACUGCCCUCAGGUGGACGCACUGGAUGACCUCCUGACUGGAGAAGAGCAUCUCUAUUUUUACGCCCGCAUCAAGGGCAUCUCCAAGAGGGAGACUGACCGGGUUGUGAACUAUCUGUUGAAAAAGUUGGAGCUGAAUUACCACAGACACAACACAAGUGAGAGCUAUAGUUGUGGAACACGCCGGAAGCUGUCGACAGCCUUGGCCCUGAUCGGAAACCCUCAGAUCCUUCUCCUGGAUGAACCCAGCUCUGGAAUGGACCCACGUUCCAAACGUCAUCUUUGGAAGAUCAUCUCGGAGCAAGUGAUGGGCAAAUGUGCUGUGGUCCUGACAUCACACAGCAUGGAGGAGUGUGAGGCCCUUUGCACCCGUCUGGCUAUAAUGGUAAAAGGACAGUUCAGAUGUCUCGGCUCCCUACAGCACAUCAAGAACAGGUUUGGCAAAGGAUUCACAGUAAAGAUGUACUUAGCUGGAGCCUCCUGUGAUGUAGAUAUGAUCAGUAACUUCAUGCAGCAGAAUUUCCCCAGCACGUUCCUGAAGGAUCAUCACUCAAAUAUGGUGGAGUACCACGUGCCUGUUGCUCCCGGGGGUGUGGCUUCAAUCUUUGGUCUGUUAGAGUCCAACAAGAAUGUACUGCAAAUCAAACACUUCUCAGUCAGCCAGACCACUCUGGAUGAGGUUUUCAUUAACUUUGCCAUGGGGAAGACAGACACAGACGAACAGGAAGUCACUGAAGGAACGGACAUUGACAGUCUAGACUCGUACAAUGCUUUGGACCGAUGAAAUACUUGCACAUUAUACCAAUCAAUGAACCUCAAAAAAAGAUAUUAAUUUAAUAUAUAAGAAAUCUUUUAUAGGCUAUAUCAUAUUUUAGUGUUGUGAUUUUAAUGAAAGACAAAAAGUAUCUAUUUUGCAUUGAAUAAUGAAGUGGCCAAAUAUGUUAUGGAUAAUUAUUGAGGAUCUAUAUGAAAAUGAUGUAUUAAUUUACUCUUUCUGGUCUUCCACACUUGGGUUCAAAUAUUGAUCAACAUUCUAUGACCUUUUUAUUGAAUUUGGCUGCUAUUUGUAUCACUUUAAAAGGUCUGAUAUGCAGAAAGUCUGCAUUAGUUUACAUGGUUUGAUGCAAUUCAUUAGUCUUUCAUUUGUCAUCAAACAAGUCCACUCAAAGACUCAAAGUAAUUUAUUUAUUUUAUUAGCUCUACAGGAUAUAUAUAUUCUGAUGCAGCUCUUUUCUGGGGUUGAUAUAAAUCACAAAGACCUUUUUGGCUUCAAGGUAUAAAUGAUUCUUCAAUGUCUGCACAUCUUCACUCUCAUUAAUAUUUUCUCUGAAGGCACAUCUCUUGUGCAAGAAUGUACUAAAUAUUUCAUUGGCCUUUUCCUCUGUCUGCCUCAAGGCACAGUUCCUCUUUUAAAAAUGUACCAAGCUUAUUUUUACAUUAAAGCUAUUUUUCACAUGCA